AUGUCUUUCUCAGUUCUUACCACAAUUCUCUCUCUAACCUCCCUUCUCCCUCUCCUCUUUCUUAUUAUCCAACACCAUUACAAAACUCCUCGAAUCAAAUUUGGUCCUCCAACGUACCCAAUCAUUGGAUGUAUCAUCUCAUUCUACCAUAACCGCCGCCGUCUCCUCCACUGGUAUACUGACCUUUUAUCAAUCUCCCCGUCAAACACCAUCGUCAUCACCCGUCUAGGCUCAUGUCGUACAAUAAUAACCGCAAACCCUCAAAACGUCGAAUACAUUCUCAAAUCAAAUUUCCAUAACUACCCAAAAGGCCAUAAAUUUACUGAGAUUCUCGGCGAUUUUCUCGGCACAGGAAUCUUUAACGCCGACGGGAAGCUCUGGAGCUCCCAACGUAAGUUAGCAAGUCAUGAUUUCAGCGCCAAGACGUUGAAAGAAUUCGUCUUUAAAGUUCUAGAAGACGAAAUUGAGAACCGGCUUAUUCCGUAUCUAAUCUCCACUGCGAAAACAGGGCAAGUUAUUGAUUUCCAAGAAUUAAUGACCAGAUUGGGUUUCGACAUAAUUUGUCGGGUCUCACUCGGGUUCGACCCGGAUUGUCUGGAUCUCUCCAAUCCGCCGCCGCCGCUUUUAGUUUCAUUUGAUAACGCGGCGGCUUCAAGUGCUAUCCGCGGCGCCGCCCCUAUUCAGAUAAUUUGGAAAAUCAAGAAAUUGUUAAACAUGGGGACAGAAAGAAAUUUGAGAGAUUCAGUCGGAGCUAUUCACGUCAGCAUCAACGAGAUUAUUCAGAAGAGGAAGAGAGAGAAACUCGCCGGAGGAGAUAGGAACGAUCUGUUGUCGAGAAUGCUUGACGCCGGUAUGGAUGAUGACAUGGCGAGGGAUAUGGCCAUAAGUUUUCUCAUGGCAGGAAAGGAUACCACGUCGGCCGCACUUACGUGGCUGUUUUGGCUGUUGACGUGUCAUCGCGACGUGGAAACUGGGAUCGUUCGUGAGUUGUCGUCGGCGUCGGCGGAGAAGAAGAAGAAUAUGGAUUUCGAAGAUAUUAAGAAUAUGGAUUUUCUUAAGGCGUGUUUGUGUGAAACUAUGAGGCUUUAUCCGCCGGUGGCGUGGGAUUCAAAGCACGCCGGAGACCGUGAUUUGUUGCCGGACGGGACGGUGGUUUAUAAAGGGGAUAGGGUGACUUAUUUUCCUUAUGGAAUGGGGAGAAUGGAAGAGUUGUGGGGCAAAGACCGGUUGGAGUUUAGACCAGACCGGUGGUUUGUUGAACCGAAUGGUGGAGAAAUGAAGAAGGUUAGCCCUUAUGUGUAUCCUAUUUUUCAGGCCGGUCCUAGAGUUUGUUUAGGGAAGGAGAUGGCGUUUAUACAGAUGAAGUAUGUGGCGGCGUCUAUCUUGAGACGGUUUGAGGUUUUUCCGGCGGCGGCGCAAAAGAAAAUUCCGAUCUUUGUUCCACUUUUGACGGCUCAUAUGCUUGGUGGAUUUCAAGUCAAUAUUUGUGAGAAAGAACAGCCACUUGUGUAG